AUGUCGAUUGUUAGAAAAGAGGGCAAGGACACAAUAAUAUUUGCCUCCAAAGAGGAUCACGCCUCUCCCAGUAAAGUGAAUCUUCCCGAACCCGAGCCAAGUCCCGGUUUGAUACUGGCCAAUGGAGAAAUAAACUGGAAUUGUCCAUGCCUCGGGGGAAUGGCGACCGGCCCUUGCGGUCUUGAAUUCAGAGAGGCGUUCUCUUGUUUUCAUUAUUCAGCCGCGGAGCCAAAGGGCUCGGACUGCUACGACGCUUUCAAAACCAUGCAGACUUGCAUGUUUGAGUAUCCCGCGCUAUACGGAAACAAGGACGCCGACCUUGACGAUCUUAGCCAGGGCGAGAGUCAGGCUGUCGCUAGCAAAGACUCUGAAGAUUCGAUCGAGGACAGUAGAGAAAGGAAGAGUGACGAGAGUGGCAUCGGAGCGAUCAGUGGUAGUAAAAACGAGGUGCAACAGUCGGUAGGGUCCAAAUGAGAGAUGUAUUUAUUUAUUAUCGAUAACGUUAGAUACCGUUAAUCUAUGUACUGCCAAAUUAGUAAUUCCUUCAUUAAAUAAUCAGCUGCUGGUCCAUAUCUCCUCAAGGCACGUGAGUUAAACAGCUGUACAAAAUUUCAGCUUACCAUCGAUAGAUAUUAAAUCUUAUCGAACGAAUGAAAAUAUUGGCAAUGUUUUGUAUGCCCGGCGUAGAAAGAGGUAGAAUAUUAUCAUAGAGGAAGGAGUAAACUUUUUUCACUUACUACCAGUUGUAAUUGUUCAAAGGUAUAUGGUGUGCUGAAUUUCAAUAGUUGUAUUUAUCAUUCAUACGUGCAUUUUUGUAACACGCACAGUUGUCUGUUACGUGAAAUUGUGAUCACUUUUUUUCUCCUAUGGUACUGCUGUGUCAUGAAUAAACGAAAAAUGGAACGCUGCAUCUGUUACAUUUCCCAACGAA